UUGAUAGCGAUGGAUUGUCUUUUGUCAGUUUAGCAAAGUUAGUUAGUCAUCAGUUAUGUCAUAAGUUUGCCAGUGUUAAAUUGUCUUCAUUUUUAUUCUGACAAUUCCGUUAAGGUGUUCCAAAACAGUACUGUUUUCACUCAUCUGCUUUAGUCGUGAUUUGUUUUACUUUGCGAGUUAUAUCAAGCUAAGUUAGUUUAGUUUGUCAUUAGGAAAUAACUCCCAAGCCGAGUAGCCCAGGUAACUAGCUAGCUAGCUACUCGGCUGGACAACGUUUGUAUUAAACACGCUCGGGGUAAAACAACAUGAUGAAACACACGCACGACUGGUGCCAGACGCCCCCCUCCGUCACGGUGCGAAUCAAACCCACAACCCGCACCCUGCAGCUCCGGAGAACUCUCUGGCUAAAGAGGCCUAACCAGCAGGAGGGCCGUGCUCCCCCGGGAAAGACCCGCAACAGCAGGGGCCAAGAGAAACUUCCCUGGGGACCCAAACUUGUCAUUCAGCGGCAAGAAAUGGCAACUUUCUUUAAGCUCUUCGAUGAUGAUUUGAUACAGGAUUUCCUGUGGAUGGACUGCUGUUGUAAAAUCACAGACAAGUACCUGCUGGCCAUGACGUUCGUGUACUUUAAGAGGGCUCGUUUCAGCGUCGCGGAGUACACCCGGAUGAACUUCUUCAUCGCUCUGUACCUGGCCAACACCAUGGAGGAGGACGAGGAGGAGAGCAAGUACGAGAUCUUCCCCUGGGCGCUGGGCCGGAGCUGGAGGAAGCACUUCCCAGCGUUCCUCAGGCAGCGCGACAAGCUGUGGGGCCGCAUCGAGUACCGCGCGGCGGUGAGCCGGCGCUGCUGCGAAGAGGUGAUGGCCAUCGUCCCCUCUCACCUCCUGUGGCAGCGGGAGCGGGCGGAGCACCACAGCGGGGCCCAGCGGCAGUACGGGGACCGGGAGGAGGUGCGCAUGCCCCGGGGGCCCUCCGCCUCCCCCACCCGCUGCCUGCUCUGCGCCAGGGCCCCCGGCCUCCCCAGCUCCCCCAGCACCUCCUCCACCAGCUCCUCACACUGCACGCUCUGCGCAGAGCAGACCUCCUGCCUGGCUCCCCGCGUCCCCCCCACCUCUUCCACCUCCUCCCCCAUGCCCUUCCCUGGCUCCCUGUCUCUGGAGACCACCCCGCCCAGGAGGGGCUCUGCUCCCAGGAAACUCUGCCGGAGGACCAGGGCUCAGUGCUCCUGCGCUGGAGCAGGGGCUGCCACCAGGAGGCGCUGUUCCCCUGCAGGGACUGAGGACACCUCCAUGGACUGGAUUAAUGAGGAGUAGGAUCUGGCCCAAAAGCCCAGCUUCAGUACAGUGUUCCCCUGCUACCCAGUCCUGAGUCCCAUUCACUCCUCUAUUAAGUGCACAAAAUUGAGCAUUUACCCAUCUUGUAGAUAUGUCCCCUUUACAGAAGUCAAAGUUAACCAUUUUGAGUUUGGACUUGGAUGUAGUGCUGAUGUACUUCAUCAAUGAGAGAGAUGAGUAUUUAACCGCAAAGACCAAUUUUUUGUGUCUGGGGGGAAACGUGUAUUUAUUUUUAGGCACACAAGUUUCAGAGAUGUGUGGCAAAAUGAAUAUUUGUUAACUUGAAGUGUACAUACAGUUUUAGCCUGCAUUGCACUUUGAACGCUGUUUGCAUCAAGCAAUUUUUACGUGUGUUGUGUUCUCGCGCCCCUGAACCAGUUCAGAUAAGCAAUGCCAAUUGGAGAAGUGUCUCAUGAGCUGUAAACAGAAAAACUAUGACAUCGUUUGUGAAGUGAAAUAGUUGUGUUUAAUGCCUGUGCUAAGGCAAUAGCUGGUGGGGUUAGGCUGUUUUGUCUUUUUUUGCGGUAUGAGUGUAAUAUUUCCAUGUGUGAGAAAAUGUUAAAU